GUUGCCGUUGUUGCUGCCGUUUUCUUUUCGGAUAUCAUUUGUUAGUUGUUCUUCGAUUCGGUUCCUCCUCCUGUGCGUGGGUGCUGCGUGUGUGUGUUCGUAUCGUAUUGCGUGUGUGUUAAUUAAAUGUAAAAAUAUUGCUUUCAUUGUGAUCAUCACCAUCACCAUCAACAGCAUCAGCAUCAGCAGCAACCGCCGUCGCACAACAAGCUAAAUAAACCAAAACCAAAACGUUUCCUACAAAUUCUCAGCACUCACAGUUCGCGCGUCGUUUCGUCGAUCAGUUCAUUAGCGUACAAGUGUGUGCGGGUACGUGUGCGUGUGCGUCCGUACGUGUGUGUGUGUGUGAAAUUCUUGAAAUUUAAGCAAAAUUCCAUCGUCGUCGACAUCGUUCCUGCACGUUUGCCAAGUUCGCCGGCCUGAAAAUCAGCCCCCCCAUCACAUUCUACUCUCAAUUGGCGACUCGAAAACAAGAAAACACACAACUACACCAAAAAUAAGAACUAAACUAGGAAGAAGAACCAACAAGACCUCUGCAACAUGGAUGUUCUAAUGCACGAUGCGAUACAUUGGUAUCGAGACCUCAUGGACAACAAAAGCGAUCCGCGUGUCAAAGACAUGUUUCUGGCCUCGUCGCCGCUGCCCACACUUGGAAUGUGCCUCUUCUAUGCGUACUUCAGCAAAUCCCUCGGCCCCCGACUGAUGGCCAAUCGCAAGGCGAUGGAUCUGCGCAAGGUGCUAGUCUACUACAACGCCAUACAGACCAUAUUCAGUGCGUGGAUUUUCUAUGAGUACUUAAUGAGCGGCUGGUGGGGCAACUAUAGCUUUGCUUGCCAACCCGUCGAUUAUAGCAACAGUCCAAUGGCAAUGCGCAUGGUGAACAUUUGCUGGUGGUACUACAUAUCCAAAUUCACAGAGUUCUUUGACACGCUCUUCUUCAUUCUGCGCAAGAAGAACGAGCACGUAUCGACGCUGCACGUCAUUCAUCACGGUUGCAUGCCCUUCUCCGUUUGGAUGGGGCUCAAGUUCGCACCAGGCGGCCACAGCACCUUCUUUGCCCUGCUCAACUCGUUCGUACAUAUUGUAAUGUACUUUUACUACAUGAUUGCUGCCAUGGGACCCAAGUAUCAGAAAUUCAUUUGGUGGAAGAAAUACUUGACCACCUUCCAAAUGUUGCAAUUCGUGGCCAUUUUCACACAUCAAUUCCAGUUGUUGUUCCGUGAAUGCGAUUAUCCCAAGGGUUUCAUGGUGUGGAUCGGACUGCAUGGCGUGAUGUUCCUAUUCCUGUUCUCCGAUUUUUACAAAGCCAAAUACGUGAAUGCCCAGCGACGACGACGCGAAGCGGUCAAGGCCAAUGGACAUGCCAAUGGCUCAGCUAUUCCAGCUGCCAAUGGCAAGGUCAACAACAAGCAUUUCGAUGGCGAUGGCGAUGCACAGACAGCCAAUGGCAACAGCAAUAAGGGAGCGUGCAUGCCCGUCUUGGAGGAUGAGUAUGCGGUGAAGAGCAAUGGGAAUGGACAUGGGAAUGUCUAUGGGGAUGGCUACUUCAAGGAGGGCGUUCUGUCCAGCAACGAUGCCAUCUUGAACCCGGACAGCAGUAGCUCUAGUCUGCAUCAGCGCAAAGUCAAAUAACUACUACUAAGGACAACUACGAUGAUAUUCAUUAUGUUAACUUUAAGUGUUUAGCAUGUAACCCGCGGAUGAACCAGAAGAUCAGAACAGAAAACGAAAAGAGAACAGAACCGAACCGAAGCAGAAGCAGAACAGAACAGAGCAGAGAAGGCAGCACAAUAAUUAUUAAUAUAAUUUAUAAUAGAAUGAUAUAUAUAUUCCUAUAUAUAUAUGUGGACAUGCCGGAUUGUUAGUGGAAGAAAGCAGAACAGAACCAGGGGAACCUCAAGUCCCUCUCCUCCACCACCAUCAACAACAACAACAUCAACACAAGCACAACAGCAGCCGUCGAGUUUAGAGUUAAGAACAGAACCAGAACCAGAGCAACACAAGUGCUGCAUAUAAAUUUUUUAUAUAUAUAUUCUCUAUUAUAUUAUCACUAUCUCGAUCCCUUGAUCCCCCCGAAAAAACAACCUCAAGAAACCUCCAAAAUCACAAGCAUAUUUUUUGUAAUCGUAUUUUGUAGGCUCAAAAUAAGUAUUUCUCAACUUUUUGAUUCACACACACGCCUGUAUACACACCCACACACAAACACACACACACACAUACACAUUAACUAGGUGUAAUCUUUUAUAUGGCAAUUUUUGGAUAACUAACGGAGACGUGUCAACCUAACGAUAAAGAUAAAUGAUAACAUAAACAAACACAAAAACAAAAUGGAAAACAAAAACAAACAUGCUCUUAAGCCUGCUUUAAACUUAAAACGUUAAACUAUUUGUAGCUUGUUUUUGUAUAUUUGAGAAAGAGAGAACUAGUGAAGAAGUGAUGAAGAUUGGAGAUUGGAGAUCGAAGUUGAAAUACUUGUAUGUUUGUUGCAAUAUUUUGUAAAAGUCUAAUAGUUAAAAACCUAUAUGUAAAUGUCUAGUGCGAUGUUGUAGUUAGCUAGCCAAUCAAACAAA